GAAGUCCAAUGGGAGACACACACACACACACACACACACACACAGCCAGGUGGUUGAGGACAACAACAGCAGAACUAAGGUCCUGUGGGACUUCAGGUUCCAGAUUGACGACCAGCAGUUGCUGGAAAACCAACCGGACACUGUGCUCGAAAGGAGGCGAGGAGGGAGGGCAAUCGUGAUGUAGAUGUGGCGACCCCAAGUGAUGGCGAUGCCGGAAAGAAGGUUCUUCUCCGUCUUCUCGCGCUCCAAGGGCUGGAGGAAGAACCGGAACGGAUGCGGAAGAUGUAGCGGUACCGUAGCAGCCAUCGUCACGUGUCCGCUGGAGGUGCUGAAGACCAGGCUGCAGUCCUCGGGGCUUGCUGUGAGGCCAGCGGUCCAGGUCCAAAUGGGCAUGCAUGGUACCUGUGUCAUAAGGCCCACGCCUGUGACACCAAGCCUGUUCCAGGUGUUCAGGUCCAUUUUGAAGACAGAGGGACCAGGAUCACUGUUUAGAGGCCUUGGGCCUAAUCUUGUCGGGGUGGCACCCUCAAGAGCAAUAUACUUUGCAACCUAUUCCAAGUCGAAAGAGGCACUUAACGGCAUCUUCGUGCCCAACACUGGCAUUGUGCAUAUGUCCUCAGCUGGCAUUGCAGGUUUCUUUACAAACUCCUUGAUGAAUCCUAUUUGGAUGGUGAAGACUAGGAUGCAGCUGGAAAAAAGGAAUGGCACCGGAGAACUGUGCAUUAGAGAUCUCCUUGAAAAGACCCGAAGAGAGAAGGCGACGACAGCGCUGCAGUGCGCAAGGCGAGUGUUCCAGACCGAGGGGGUCCGCGGGUUCUACCGGGGUCUGUCGGCGUCGUACGCGGGCAUCUCCGAGACCAUGAUCUGCUUCCUCAUAUACGAGUCGCUGAAGAAGCACCUUCUCGAGAGCCACUUGGCACCAUCCAGCAGUGCGGGUGACAAGAGCGGCUCGCAUUUCAUGGAGCUCAUGGCUGUCGCUGCCUUCGCCAAGGGCUGUGCCUCCUGCAUUGCCUACCCACACGAGGUGAUUCGGACAAGACUUCGGGAAGAAGGCAGCAAAUACAGGAGUUUCUUUCAAACGGCACAGCUGGUGGCUGCGGAGGAGGGCUACCUGGCCUUCUACAGAGGUCUGGUGCCACACCUUCUGCGGCAAAUCCCUAAUGGCGCCAUCGUGCUCUCCACUUACGAACUCAUCAUCUACCUGCUUGGGCAGCCUUCCCAGUGACGUGGAACGCACGGCGGCUUCUUGCACCGAAGACGCCAUUUCGUACCUGCGCUACAUUAAGACGGUGAAGAUGCGGCGUGUGACGUGAACGGCUGAAAAUCCGAGGGUGUUUGUCACAAUUAGUGCCGAGAGAUGGGCUUUGUUCGUUCUGCCUUCUCUCUUAAAUGGUGGACAUUUGACUUGUUCAUGGAUUUGUACUGUGUUGAAGAAAUAUUCUUUUCUGGACCGGUUAAUAGUGCGGUAUAUGUUUUAAAAAAAAAAAACCUUUAGGAGUAACAGUAACUGUAACAUAAAUUUCCUAUUUAUAUUUUCUCUGGUGUCCAAAGUUGUCUGUUUCCCAUGAAAAACGUUUUUCAAACGACCAAGUGAUAAAAUGUUUUAAACAAGAUUUUUACUGGAAGUUGUCCACCCAUCCCAACUGAGUAAAUUCCGGAUUGUGGUAGUCAUUAGUGCGAUGGAGAACGAGGCGGCGUAGACCCUGGACGGUGCACGACACCACUGCAGGCAGAGAAUCGCACACAGUCACACACAAAGGACAAUUUGGAGUUGCUGGUACAUCUUAAACACAUUUUUGGGAGGGAACCCAUGCAGAUGUUAGAGUUUUUUGUCAUGUGUACAGUAAACAGUUUCUUACACCAUACAAUGAAAUUCUGUGAAUCCACUCA